CUGGUUUUUAUUGCGCAUUAUAGUUUCAAUCAUUGUUUUUAUUCUCAUGUUAUCUUACUUUUUUACUGUUUUACUUUUCCUUUCUUAGUUGAUGGCAUUCGGUACGUCGUCGACGGUGGCUACUGCAAGUUGAAGGUUUUUAAUCCAAAGAUCGGUAUGGAUGCACUUCAGAUAUUUCCUAUUAGCCAAGCGAAUGCUAACCAGAGAGCUGGUCGUGCUGGCAGAACCGGACCAGGAGUUUGCUACCGACUAUACACUAUUAGUCAAUAUCAAGAAGAAAUGCUGACCUCAACAGUGCCUGAGAUUCAGCGUACAAAUUUGGCUAACGUAGUACUGCUUCUUAAGUCCCUAGGUGUACAGGAUCUGAUGCGCUUCCACUUCAUGGAUGCUCCUCCACAAGACAACAUCCUUAAUUCUAUGUACCAGUUAUGGAUAUUCGGCGCGCUUGACAACACUGGAGCCCUAACUACAAUGGGCCGUCAGAUGGUUGAGUUUCCAUUGGAUCCUGCUCUCUCGAAGUUGCUUAUCGUUUCUUGUGACAUGCGUUGCUCCGAGGAAGUUCUCACCAUUGUUUCAAUGCUCUCUGUUCCAAGCAUAUUCUUCCGUCCUAAAGGAAGAGAGGAAGAGGCAGAUGCUGUCCGCGAGAAGUUCCAGGUAGAAUUUCAGUUUUGUUUUUUGUUAAAUUCCUUGCACUUCUAA